UGAUGUUCAUAUAUUUGUUAAAAUCAUUGAACCUGAACAUCCUAGCGUGCAAACCGCCCUGCGCGUGUGAGUGUGGUUAUCCAGAUUUCGCAGAUUACCAACGCAGCCCAAUCAAACGAAAUUAGUAAAAAUCCGGUGAAAAUUUGUUUGUUACGCACACCCCAGCAUUGUAAUGACGACGCCACCCUCGGAGAGUCCAGUGCGUCGAUCUGCAAACAAGCGCAAGAGUUCAACUCUCGAGUCCAUUGAGGAGAACGAGACGGUACGCUCUUCCUUGGAUCUGUACAACUGCAAUAAGCUGAGCAUAGCCAAUGCCUGGGAUAUAUCGUUGAUUGAUACACUGGCCAAUCUAAUGGAUAGCCCUCACAAAAAGCUAAGCAGCUUCAGGAUGGCUGGCUCUUUGCUGCAGGUCUUGUGCAAGGUCUACGGCCUGCGUGUAGACUCCAUCUACAUCGAUGCAUGUCGUAUAUCGGCGGGUUUGAAUGCUCGCACCUUGACGGGCUUACCUGAGGGACCUCCAGGUGAUGGCGAAGGCGGCGAUGGGGCUCCCAGUCAACAGCAGCAGGCGGCACCUAAGCUCAAGCGCCAGAAAAGGAAUUUAUCAACGUUGGCAAAGAACAAGGAAAAGUUGAAUGCGCGUUUGGAUAUGGUGCCCAUGCAGGACCCUAUAUUUGCAAAGCUCAAUUCGACGGUGGGCUCCCUCGAUGCCCCCGAUCGAAUGAUGCACAACAUUCUGCCCAGCGUGGACUUUGAGAUGCGGCUACGCCCGACUUACAAAUUCUUUGAUGACACCGAGGGGACGGAUGAGCUCAUGGAUAGCGAAACGCUGAGUGCUGGCGCCAAGGAGUGGCCCGAUGAAGAGUUGUGCAAUGCGGAAUGGCUGCACAAACUGUACAACCGUACGGAUGAUCUAAAUCUGCGGCCACUCCACACGGGUUAUGUGAUAACCAAUCCCAAUACCCCCAAUCCCAAGCCACAGUCGGGAUCUAUUUCAGAGGCGGUCCCUUCAUAUGAUGACGAUGCUGAGGGGCUGGAUAAUGCGCACGAUAUUGGUGGGAAUCGCACAGAGCUAUCCGUGGCCUUUGACAUGAAUGCCGAGUGUGAGCCCAUGCCGGAUAUAGAAGCCGGUCCUCCCAUUAUCUUAGAUAUACAAUCGAAUGAUUUGCAGGAGCUCACCGCCGAAGAGCAGACGGUCAUCACCAAUUGCCGCCGUUUAAAGAAAACCGCCGAAUUCAUUGACGAUCUGAGGCCAGUGGAUGGUGUCACUAGGCUGGACUAUUCAUACAGACCCAUGGAUCAGAUCUCACAGCUUUGUGCGGCUCCUGCGCAUUGGAAAUUCAGGAUCACUCGUCCGCGCACCACUCUGGACCAGACGACUGGCCCAAAGGAUGCUGUGACUGUUAGCAACCCAAAGAAAACCAAAACCGCUGCCGCUGCCGCUGCCGCUGCCGCCAAGCCACGCAUGAAGGAGUUGCACUAUGGAAAAUGCAAAGAGGACCUCUUCCAGCCUCUUGAUGCCAACAUAAAGCAGCAAAAGGUCAACUAUCAAAAGAAAUGCGAUGCCCGAAAGCUGAUGCCCACGAAAUCCAACAAUGAAGCGGAUUACCAAGUUAGCCAGCGAUUUGGUGAAGCCGAUCUGGUUGAGAGUCUGGGCAAUGAUGUGGAUAUGGAUAGGGGCUUACACCACGGUGAUGCCGAUAGAGAGCUCUUUGACAAUGAAAAUUUCACCACAGAUGAUUCUGUCAUGAACCGAAUGUCGGCAGCGGACAUUGAAGAUCCCAUGGACAUGAUGAAUAAGGAUUCAUGUGGGGAUAUGCCCAAUCAAAGCCAAAGCAUGCAUGAGGGUGAGGAUACAAUCAUGGAGAAAUCCACCGAAUUUAAGGGUGCACCAAGGCAGGUCAGCAAAGUGAUUGGGCCAUUUGCGAAGCGUGCCAAGGUGAUCGACCUGAAGAAUCUCAAGAACAGCUGCCAUUAUUUGAUCCAGAAACAAUUCCUCAGUUCUGUCAAUGAGGCAUCGAUACCCUCCCUCCCACUGUCAAAGGAAGAAAGCUACGCCAAGGGUACCGCCAGCUUCCAGGAGGUUUACCGAUCGUUGCCUGAUGUGUUGAGUGACGAAACGAAAGAUUCUCUGUGCCCAUCGGUGGCCCUCAAUGCGGUUCUCCAUUUGGCCAACGAUAUGAAACUGCGACUCAUUCCACAAGAGAAUCUAGAGGAUUUUCAAAUCCGGCAAGUUCUGGAUGACGAAGUUUAAUGACGAGCUUUUAAAAAAACUGAAUUCUGAUACAAUGCUAGAAGUAAUCAAUCUUCACACAAUUUUAAAUACAUUUUCAUGCAACAACACAUACAAAAAACUAAACGAAACGAAUCAGGGCUCUUCUCCAAUGUGUUCUCGGAUGAAUUUUUAAUUCUAUCUCUCAAGUCCUAAGAUUUGCAACAUAUAAACAAUAAAUUAAUAUUUUUGAGAGCA